UGUAGGCUUAAUAUUGAUAUAAACAUAUUGCAGUUGGAAGUACAAUUCAGGAUAUAAAAUUAAUAUUACACACAUCCUUUUCAAAAAGUAGUGUUAUUUCCGCGUAUUGAUCAUCCUUUCUGUUUGUAAACACGAGCACGUGGCCGUCUGAUGACACGCCCCGGAAGUUAAAACUGUUUGAAGUAAACAAUACCACGUGAUCUGAUAUCAACAAUACCACGUGGCUACUGAAUAUUUUGUGCCCUGGAUAGCGUUGUUUUUCAUUUCUGCAGGAGCAGUCGGUUGACAAAGACGUUGUUUUUUGCGCAUUUUUCUUGCUAAAACACGAGUUUAAAUUAACAUACAAAAUGGUCGGGAAGGAUGAUGGAGACGAGAGGGUAGUCCUCAUCCCGGUGACAAACAACAGCAUCUCUGAAAAGGCGUUUGAUUGGUAUUUGAAAAAUGAACACAAGAAGGGCGACAAGGUUCAUGUUGUCCACUGUCCAGAAGAGCAGCCUCCCGUCAAAGCUCUAGCCGAGACACAGUUGAAUAACUUCUCAGCAGAUGUUGUCUCUCCUGAGAAAUGGGAAGCAGGUGCUAAACAGGAGGAAGAGGAAUCCAUACUUAACAUGUACAAGAAAAAACUUGCAGACAACAAUGUUGCAGGGAAAGUUACGAGUGAGUUUGUUGUUGGAUCUCCAGGGAGAGACAUUGUACAGGUAGCUGAGAAGGACAAUGCUAAACUGAUAGUCAUGGCUAAACAGGGGCUCGGUGCCCUUUACAGGAGUCACUUCCGCAGUGUGUCAGAAUACGUCCAGAAGAAUACCACAGUUCCAGUAAGUGUUUAUACAGAACCAGAGGCCCCCAAAAGCCCCGUAUCUGCAUCCCCACUACCUCCGUCCCCAUUAGCGAUGGAAGAUCAACCUCGAGAACGAAGUGGAAGCUUCCUUGCCCGUCUGAUUGGUCGACAGUCUUCAUAUGAAAGGGCUGGGGAAAGUCCCGAACCAGUCAAAAAAAUUAACCCUGAUCAGAAGAAAUAUGCAGACCGCCGCCACCAGAGGGAGCUGAUGAGGCAUCCUUCUGAUACGAUCCCACAGCGGGAACGCAAGAACACAAUGUAGGACCAACAUCCU